AUGAUAAAUUCAGAAAUGGAUGAUUAUGAAAGUCAAUUUCAAAACCAUCAAAAAAAGAAUAGUGGUAGUGGUGCUAUUUUAAAUAAAUCAUUGAGUAAAUCACAGCAGUCACAACAACAACAACAACAACAGUUACAACAACAAAUUUUACAAAGUAGAAAUACUGGAAGUAAAAGUAUAAAAUCAUCAUCAAUGGAAGCAAAACAGAAACAACAACAACAACAACAACAAGAAAACUCUAGAUAUCUACUCAGUCCAUCUUCAUCUUCACCAAAUGUAACAUCGUUAGUGUCACCGGAGUCAUCGCCAGUCCUUCUACCAAAAACUGGAAAACAAUCAUUGAAAGCGCAACAACAAAACAUGGUCAAACAAACAUCAAUUGGUAAUCUAAAGCAGCAUAUUCAGCAACAACAGCAACAAAUACAUCAACAGCAAUAUAAUUUAAAUUCACAAUCUAAACUAGAUCAAAAUGAUACUACUCCAACUUCAUCCUCAUUGAUCCUUCAGAAACAACAACAACAGCAACAAACACCGAAUCCUUUUGAAAUACUCAAUAAUCAUAUAAGUAAACUUACAGAUCAAAAUCCUGAAUUAUAUGGGAAGAUGAACCAAUCUCCACCUCCAGUCAACUCCAAUUCAGGUACAUCCUCCUCCUCUGAACAACAACAUCACCAUCAACAUCAUCAACAAGAAUCAGUAUCUUCAAUGUCUGAGCAAUUACUUCUGAGAAACCAACAACAGAGCUCCAACCAUUCAUCUCCCAACAACUCACCUUCCAAUAUUGAACAAGAAAUGAGACAUUCCGCAACUACCACCACCACUACAACCACUACCACUUCGCCAACUCACCAUGAAAGAAAGAAUUCAUUCAAUCAAUACCAAAUACAACAAGAAAGAGAAAGAGAUAUGAGAAUAACCAACAACAACAACAAUAAUAUUAAUAAUAAUGGUAGUCAUAAAAAGAGAUCAUUUGAUUUCAUUAAUAGUCAACAACAGCAGCAACAGCAACAACAUGGAAUGGAUAGUAGUAAUAACAACUCUAGCGAAAACAGUCCAAAUCUUCACUAUAACAAUGUUGUAGAAUAUCAAGAGAAAAUUCAACACCAACGAAAGAUAAUAAAGGAGUUACAGACAAUAAGCUUGAACUUAGAGAAACAGGUAGACUACUACAAGAAUGAACUAAAUCAAUUCAAAUCAUCGAUGGCUGCGAGUAUUAUGGAUAUUCUAGAUGCCAACGAACACAUACUAUCAGCUCAAAAACAAAAUUUAAAUGAAGAUAAUAAUAAUAAUAAUAAUAGUAAUAAUAAUAGUGAUAGUAAGAGUAAUAAUGAUAAAAGACAUUUACAACAACAACAACAUUUGAUAAGUUCAUCUAAACCACCUCCACCUCCAUCACCGUCAUCCAUGACAACACCUUCUCAUUCGAACUCUAUUGCAUCGAUACCUUCACCAUCACCUAUAAUACCAGUACCAUCACCUCAAUCAUCCAAUAUAAAUACUGCUGAGCAUGACAAACUGAUACAUUAUCAUCAUCAACAACAACAACAGCAACAACAUCAUCAUCAUCAUCAACAACAAUUACUACAUCCACAUAACCUGACAAACAAAGGUACUACUUCUAUACCAACAUCUAAACUAUUACAAUCUGCAACACUUCCUAUGCCAUAUAGCAAUAGUAAUCCAACACCAAACUCGACACCAACCAAACAACAGCAACAACAACAACAACAAAUGAUGAUGUUACAACAGCAGCAACUACAACAACAACAACAACAAAAUGGUCAUAAUCAUCAUCACCAUCAUCAACAUCAUAGUGGUAAUAGUAGUCCAGGUCCUGAAUACCAAUAUGUAAUGGGAAUAGACGAAAGUCAGCAACACCAACUACAGAAGCAAUAUAUGGUGUAUGAAGCUACAAAGAAACAAAAGGUAUCUUCGUCUCCCAUUCCAUCACCAACCAACAACAACAAUAACAACGUUAGCAGUUCUUCAUCUGGUAGUAAUAAUAAUGCCAUACUAAAGAAAAAACUACUUCAACACCAACAACAAGCACAAUAUCAACAACAACAAUACCAACUUCAGAAACAACAUUUUCAAGCACUACAGAAUGCACUGGGAGCACAAGCACAUACUCAACAACACCAAUUUGAUUAA